AUGCUCAUGAUCUGGAAAGGCCUGAUCGUCCUCACUGGCAGCGAGAGUCCCAUCAUGGUGGUGCUGAGUGGCGGCAUGGAGCCAGCCUUCCACAGGGGCAACCUUCUGCUCCUGACAAAUUUCCGGGAAGACCUGGUUAGAGAUGGUGAAAUCGUUGUUUUUAAAGUAGAAGGACAAGACAUUCCAACAGUGCACAGAGUAAUCAAAGUUCAUAAAAAAGAUAAUGGAGACAUCAAAUUUCUGACUAAAGGAGGUAAUAAUGAAGUUGACAAUAGAGGCUUGUACAAAGAAGGCCAGAACUGGCUGGAAAAGAAGGAUGUGGUGGGAAGAGCCAGAGGGUUUUUACCAUAUGUUGGUAUGCUCACCAUUAUAAUGAACAACUCCCAAAAUUCAAGUAUGCUCUUUUGGCUGUAA